AUGUGCAAGAUAGUUAAGGAAACCCGAUAUGUGUUUAAUUGUCUUGAAUCUAUAUAUAUUCAUUUUUCUAUGCCAACAAACAACUUCAAAUUUAAAGAAAUUCAAAAACAACUAGCAAUAAUUGAAGCUUUAAAAGAAAAAAUUGAGAAUUCUAAUGAUCGAGAUGUUUCCCAGGCCUUAGGAAUUUUAUCUAUAAUGAAUACGGUUUCCUUUAUUUUUCACCUCAUUGUCUUGGAAGAUAUAUUACAAGUUAUCAAUAUUCUUAGCACUCAGUUACAACAAAAAACAGCUACACUAGGCAAAGCUGGCCUAGUUAUUGAAGGUGUAAUAAAAACGUUUGAAGAGAAACGUUCAGAUAAGUGUUUUUCUGAAGUAUGGUCUACUGUUGAAAUGUUUGCUGAAACUCAUGGCAUUGAAACACCUAUAAAAGAUUGUACUGCUAAGAGAUUAAAAAGAGAACCAAAUCAUUUGAAGGAUUUCCAUUUAUCAUCAACCACAAGCACUGAACUAACUAAUGAAAAUGAAAAACACUGGCGAAUAAUUUAUUUCAAAUUAAUUGAUACUAUUGUUACAAACAUAAAAAAAAGAUUUUCCACUGAAAGCCUAAAAAUGGCAACAGCAGUUGAUAAUUUUAUGAAGUUAAAUUAUGAUGAUAGCACUUUUUUCAUUGAAAAUUAUAAAGAGUUGUUCAAUAUUGACCUAAAUGCUCUGAAAAGUGAAAUGAUGGUGGUAAAAAAUUGUGUCCUUCGAUCAAGCAUAGAAUCACAGAUUGAUUUUGAUAAAAUAAAAGAAAUGAUCAAUAAAAAUGAUCCGGAAAAUUUUGAACUAACGUCUUUGAUACUCAUCAGCUGUUAUGAGUUGGCUUUACUUGGAAGAUUCAUAUGUAAUAUUUGGCGCAUAUUUUCUGAUAAUCCGCUGUCUACGGUAUUGACUACACUCGAAACUGUUCACAAGAAAUUGAUACGCUUGAAUGUGGACGGGCUGAAGGAAAUAAAAAAUAUUAAUUGGAUUUCUAUAGUUAUAAUUAUUGUAAAUGCCAUGGUAAUUAUUAUAACUUCAACAAUAUGGGUAAUAUUGCAUAAACAUGUAUUGGAAAUAUAUAAUAUGGUCAUGAUUGUGGUUUUAAAUACUUGCCAAUGCUUUUGUUUUUGUGAAUAUAUACUGCUAAUAUCAUACAUGAAGUGGAUGAUCUACAUAAUAAAUGAAAAAAUUCCGGAAAGAAAAUCGUGCUUGAGUACGUACAGAGACAUGUAUUUGGAAGUUACAGAAUGCUUACACCAAGUCAAUAGAUCAAUACAUGGUGUGCCGGCCAUUGUUAGUUUUAUUGUAGGAACUGUCGCUGAAAUCAUUCUUACCAUAUACUGCGAUUUCGUAUUCCCUAGAUACUUUAUCAAUGAUCCUUAUUUGGUAGUUUCUUUUAUGUGGUUGUCAAUGCGAACAGUCAAUAUUCUACUUUUAUACAAGAUUGGUGAUGCCACCGAAAAAGAGGUAAAUCGGAUGAGUCUUGUCUUACAUCGACGAUCCUUAAUAGAAAAAAACCCUAGAAUUAAACGUCAGAUCAAGUUUUUUUUACUUCGAAGAUUACACGAACACUAUCAUUUCGAGCUGUAUGGAAUGUGUCAUGUUAAUAUAAGACAACUGUUUAGUUUAACAAACAAAUCAAUUGGAUAUUUAGUAAUUCAAAUUUUGUUCAAAUUAUAA